AUGUCAAGUUCAUUGAGUUUUGAUAGUGAGGAGGAGGAGAUUCAACCAGCAGGAUCUGAGGGCUCUUCGAUCUCUUCGUCCAAUGAGGUUCGUCCAUUUCUAUCUGACAAUCAAAGACAGCAAAGUCGCCAGACCGAGGGUAUGCCAGACCUCACCAGUGUCACGUCGACGUCCUUAGCAGGAAUCGUUGCAGAAAACGUUUUUGACUCUCUUAGCCAGCAUGCUGAUGAUAUUGAAGCUACUACGGCAGAAUACGGCUCCGCUGUCGAUCGACAACUUAGUGCCAAUUCUGCAGCGUCUGAAGCAACGUCCACAAGCGUUAAUGGAGGAUAUUUGGUGCCGAAACAUAGACUCAUUGUGAUUCUAUCGAGUAUUUUCACAUUGAUCUUCCUUGCAGCACUCGAUUCCACCAUUCUUUCGACACUAGUCACCGAUAUCGCUUCGGAUUUGGACGCUAUUCCUUAUAUCUCAUGGAUUACUACUGCCUAUCUUCUAUCAACCUCGAUUGUUCAACCUCUUGGAAGACUCUCGGAUAUCUUUGGAAGAAAGCCGAUGCUUCAGGGCUGUAUUAUCAUCUUCACCUUUGGCUGUUUGCAAUGUGCUACGGCCAAUAGUACUGCUUCGUUUGUUGCUGGUCGGUUCUUCUCCGGUUUUGCCGGUGGUUUAAACACAUUGGGAACCAUUAUUAUGAGUGAUUUGAUUCCUUUAAGAAAAAGAGGAGUCUUUCAAGGGUUGGGUAACAUGUUCUAUGCAUUAGGGUCCGCAGUUGGUGGUACUGUAGGUGGCUGGAUAGCUCAUCGUUAUGGUUGGAGGUUUGCUUUCUGGAUCCAAGUUCCUAUUGGUAUCUUCUGCUUUUUCUUGAUCGCUUUCAACUUGCACUUACCCAAGUUAGCUAAAUCCAAUCUUCUGACUACUCUUACCCUUGGCGAAAAGUUUAAAUUGGUCGAUGUCUCUGGUAUCUCUUGCUUGGCCAUUACUCUUUUCCUCUUCAUCGUUCUUACUUCGUUUUCCUUUUCAUCAACCUGGACUUUACUGGCCGCUGUAUUCUUAUUUACAAUGUUUUUAGCCACUUUCAUCUAUUUGGAACUCACUAUUGAUGAUCCUAUCGUUCCUAUCGCUCUUCUGAAAGAUAUAUCAGUUCUUGGAUCAUCCUUGGCUAAUUGGUUUGCUACCAUGUAUAUCUUUGUGCUCCUCUAUUACUAUCCUAUCUACCUUUCCACAGUCAUCGGACUUAAUUCUGAGCAGAUAGGUAUCCGAAUGAUCCCUAUGAUAGUGGCAGGCUCCAUUUCUUCCGUCAUGUCCGGUUAUUAUAUGAAGUGGACUGGCAAAUACUCGACUUUUUCCCUAAUAAUCAAUACCUUGGGUGUCGCUGGUUUGAUUCUUCUACUUAUACGAACAUAUCCAUUCAACUUGAACGUUCUUCCUACUGUCUUCGAGCAGUAUACCCUUAUUAUUUUACCAGAAGUGGCAUAUUCUUCUCUUCUUACAGUCACUUUACUCUCGCUAAUUGCUGCUGUACCUAUAGAGCAUCAAUCCUCAGUGACUUCUAUACAGUAUGCUUUUAGAGGUAUCGGUUCUGUCUUGGGCACUUCUAUAGGUUCUCGGAUCUUUACUUUAUCACUCAAUAAGCAGAUGGCGAACAGGCUUUCAUCUGCCAGACCUUCAGACGUUUCUGAUAAACAAUUGGCCAAGAUUCUCGACAAAGUUCUUCAUAACGCUGCUUACAUUCGCAAUAAAGCUCCCAAAUGGGCAGUCAAGGCCAUGAUAGAAUCCUAUGGAAUCGGUUGCUGGUCAUCCUACAUUUUUGCUACAGUCGUAUCUGUUUUCUGCCUUGGAGCGAUUGGUAUGAUUAAAGAGUACAAGUUAUACUCUUCUGUAAAGAGAAGUCAUUAA